AUGCGGGAAAUCGUUCAUCUUCAAGCUGGGCAAUGCGGUAACCAAAUUGGCACAAAGGUAUUGCGUUCAUUGGCUGAAUAAAUGUGUUUUUAUUGAUUUUUUUUAAGAAAACUCACGUUUCGUAAUUUGGGCAUUUCAGUUUUGGGAGGUCAUUACAGACGAGCACGGAAUCGAUCCAACUGGCUCGUAUCAUGGAGACUCUGACCUUCAGUUGGAAAGGAUCAAUGUGUACUUCAAUGAAGUUACAGGUGUUGUAUUUUGUUAAAUCGAUCGUUUUAUCGAACAUUUUGGUUUCGUCUCAUCAUAAAGAAGGCGGUGUAUAUGAUUUGUAUUUUGUAAUAUUUGGCCUCUUCUGACAUACUGUAACUUGGGGAAUCGGCAAUUUUAUAGGUGGAAAAUAUGUUCCAAGAGCUUGCCUCCUCGAUUUGGAACCAGGCACAAUGGAUGCAGUGCGAGCGGGUCCUUUGGGGCAAAUCUUCAGGCCCGACAACUUUGUUUUCGGUGAGUAAAAGCUGUGAAUUUAAAUAGUUAAAAACUAAUUAGUGUUAACAAUUAAACGGAAAUAAGUCUGUGCAAUGGGUCACGCGCCAAUAUCUACAUGUGAAAUUAGAAUGUUCUAAAACAUACUUCGCUGCGUUUGAUUCUAGGUCAAAAUGGUACGGGAAAUAACUGGGCAAAAGGACAUUACACCGAAGGAGCCGAGCUUAUAGAUGCUGUACUCGAUGUUGUCCGCAAGGAAGCAGAGGGCUGUGAUUGUCUUCAAGGAUUUCAGCUCACGCACUCUUUGGGCGGUGGAACCGGCUCUGGAAUGGGAACUCUGCUCAUUUCAAAAAUAAAAGAAGAUUAUCCCGACAAAAUCAAUAACACAUUCAGCGUUGUACCAUCGCCCAAAGUAUCGGAUACCGUUGUUGAACCUUACAACGCCACACUGUCGGUUCAUCAGUUGGUCGAAAACACUGAUGAAACAUUCUGCAUCGACAAUGAAGCUCUGCACGAUAUAUGCUUCAGAACUAUGAAGCUCACGACACCAACUUAUGGCGACUUGAACCAUCUUGUCUCAGCCACAAUGAGCGGUGUUACGACUUGUCUUCGCUUCCCCGGUCAGGUAACGACGGCUCUAUGCCGCAGCAAAGUCAAUAAACGAUAUUUGGGUAGAGCAAAAAAACUGCUUAAUUUUUUUUAGUUUUUUUUUUUGCGAAUUCCUUGUUGCUUUGUUCUAUUAUUGAUCAAACUGGUUCAGACUCUGGCAGAUGUACUGAAAGAGGAUGAAAUUUUCCUUGAGCGUAUGCUGGACACUCGUUUUUCUCAACAUAUAUUUCGGGUCACAUGACUUAUCACGUGACCAAACUGUUCUUUUCUGCGUAAGCCGUUGUAAAAGAAGCAUCGCACUAGGGGAUAAUACCAGUAGUCAGUCACCCAGUCUAUCUAUAAGACGGAACGUCCUUAGUCUCAACUGGAUAAUCCAGAUUUAUCAAAAAAGUUUUUGUACUAUCGAUUUAAUACAUGACUGUUACAUGGUCAUCACUCGUAACUGGCCUAUGUUAAUCAAAUAUCCUUUAUUAAUCUUAUUGUUACUUUCGUUAUAUACAAAACUGACACGGUUUUCUUGGAUUUCCCAGUUGAACUCUGACCUCAGGAAACUGGCCGUUAAUAUGGUUCCUUUCCCUCGUCUUCACUUCUUCAUGCCUGGAUUUGCCCCCCUCACCAGCAGAGGAUCGCAGCAAUACCAAGCACUAACAGUGCCAGAACUAAUUCAGCAGAUGUUUGAUGCCAAGAACAUGAUGGCUGCAUGUGAUCCAAGGCAUGGUCGUUAUCUGACGGUGGCCGCCAUGUUUCGUGGCCGUAUGUCCAUGAAGGAAGUGGAUGAACAGAUGCUGAAUGUUCAAAACAAGAACAGUUCAUACUUCGUGGAAUGGAUCCCCAACAACGUCAAGACCGCGGUCUGUGACAUCCCUCCUCGUGGACUGAAGAUGUCUGGUACUUUCGUUGGCAACUGCACCGCUAUACAGGAGCUAUUCAAACGAAUUAGCGAGCAGUUUACUGCUAUGUUUAGGCGAAAAGCUUUCAUGCAUUGGUACACUGGUGAGGGAAUGGAUGAAAUGGAAUUUACCGAGGUAAGCAUGAGGUCAACACUAUUCCACUUUGAACUUGGACUGCGACAACAGGGCGUGGCUAGGCGUUAAAGGCGUUCCGUGUUUUGAUAACUUAUUUGAGCAAAACGCAUCUGUAAACGUUCCGUAAGAAACCUAGUUAUGGGUUGGGAGCGUAGAUCGUCCUUUUCAGCUGUUAGGGUGGCAUAGUUAAUACGAAUUUAGAUUGCUGCGUUUUGUACAAUGCGACAGCUGCCCUUAUAUAUAUCAAUUUACGGUUUAGGUCUUUGUGCUUUAAUACCUAAUUGCGGGCUUCCUCCCCACCCCCCCCCCCCCAAAAAAAACAAAAACGAGGAUCCAUAAUUUACAGAAAGGACCGCCAAGAAAACGUUAUUAUUUUUCUGUAGGACAAGAAACAAAUUGCCUUGCUUUGAUAUUAGGCAGUAGUUUGGCUGUUUCUUCUUCCCAAAACAUGUGAAAUUUUUCGCCGUUUUUUACAGCUCUACCAAAACAAAGCAGCCUCGUUCCCAGGGCUUAUCCUGUAAUAUUGACGUCAUUUUAUCGUGUCGCAAACUUCUCCGCUUUUGAACACCAACAUGGCCGCCGUGUUAUAGCCCAUUUCUAACAAGUUGCUCCAAGCCUCUUUUUCAAAGCGAGGCUAAGCGCGAAGCCAUUGAUAUGCAAAUGAUAUUUAUUCUCAUGCAAAUAAUUAUUUUUAACCGGAUGUUAUCUUAAAUGUAACCAGUUGCUUUAUUCUGUUUGCAAUUGCAGGCCGAAUCUAACGUGCAUGAUCUUGUGUCAGAGUACCAGCAAUACCAAGACGCUACAGCUGAGGAGGAUGGCGAGUUUGAAGAAGAAGAGGAAGAGGAGUUUGAUGGGGCAUAA